CCAGCCCGGCUGCGCCACAGGAGCCUGCCCGGGGUGGGAGGAGGAGGAGGAGGAGGGACUCCGCCGCGGCAACAACUGACGUGUCCCCGCCAUGGAGCUCGGCGUGAUUCAUCAGCGACGGCAGGCAGGCUGCGGGGUGCCGCGCACCGUCCCCGCAUAGGCACGGCCGCUUCGGGGACAGCCCCAGUGCCGCAUCGCGCUGCUCUGCCGUCUCCUCCAUCGCUGCCUGCACCUGUGCCCCCGCGGCGACGCGACGGGGAAGCAAGAUGGAAGAAAUCCUACGGAAGCUGCAGAAGGAGGCGUCGGGGAGCAAGCACAGGGCCAUCAAGGAGAGCUGCACCUGGGCCAUCGAAACCUUGGAUUCACCUGAUGCUGCUACCAAGAUACCUCCUUAUCAGCUAAGGGAGAAGUGUCUCCUUCCUCUCCAACUGGCUCUGGAAUCGAAGAGCAUGAAGUUGGCCCAGCAGGCUCUUGCAGGGAUGCAGAAGCUGCUGUCUGAUGAGAGGUUUGUAUCCGUGGAAACAGACUCGGAUGAGAAACAGUUGCUUAAUCAGAUGCUGAAUGCCGUCAAAGUGACUCCUUCACUCAACGAAGAUCUGCAGGUUGAAGUGAUGAAGGUCUUGCUCUGCAUAACAUAUACCUCCACAUUUGAGCUGAAUGGGAGCUCAGUGUUGAAGAUUGCUGAGUUGUGUUUUGCAUGCAAUAGAGCUGGAAGUCCCCGAAUGCAUGAAAUGAUCAAAAUGUCCAUUGCAUACCUCCUUGGGGCCCUGAGCUCUCGAAUUUUUACUGGCAAUCCUUCAUCAGUGGCUUUUCAAAAGGUUUGCAUUGAGACAUAUGUAUCUAGCUGUCACCAGCGGAGCAUUAACACCGCUGUGCGGGCAACCCUCAGCCAAAUGUUGAGUGACUUGACUUUACAGUUACGACAAAAGCAAGAAAAUAUGACAAUUGAAAAUAAUGAGGCCCUGCAGAAAUUCAAAAGUCAAGGUACUUCAGCUGAGUCUCUUUGUGAUGAUGUUGUAUCUGUCCUCACUGUGCUCUGUGAGAAGCUCCAGGCUGUCAUAAAUGACAAUCGACAACUUCAGCUUCUUUAUUUGGAGUGUAUCCUUUCCAUGUUAAACAGCUCCUCUCCAAGCAUGCACCAGCACAAAGGAUUCACUGAUCUAAUAUGGAAGCAACUGUGUCCAGCCCUAGUAGUAAUUCUGGGAAAUCCAAUCCAUGACAAAACUAUCACCUCUGCCCACAGCAGCAUCUGUCUAGAAGCUGAUUCACCUUCCUCAGGGGUCUCUGAUCAUGGCCGGGGUUCAGGCUGUUCAUCCACAGCACCUGCCCUUAGUGGGCCUGUUGCACGGACCAUAUACUAUAUUGCUGCAGAGCUGGUUCGGCUGGUGGGGACAGUGGAAUCCAUGAAGCCUGUGCUGCAGUCUCUCUAUCACCGGAUAUUGCUUUACCCACCACCUCAGCACCGAGUAGAAGCCAUCAAAAUUAUGAAGGAGAUACUUGGCAGUCCUCGGAGGCUUUGUGAUUUGGCAGGGCCCUGCUCUUCUGAGUCAGAAUCUAGGAAGAGGUCUAUUUCUAAAAGGAAGUCCCAUCUGGAUCUUCUCAAGCUUAUCAUGGAUGGGAUGACAGAAGCGUGCAUCAAGGGUGGUAUUGAAGCAUGUUAUGCUUCAGUGUCCUGCGUAUUCGCCCUUCUUGGCGCACUGGAUGAGCUAAGCCAUGGCAGGGGUCUUAGUGAGGAACAGGUCCAUCUGCUCCUCCGGCGCCAGGAAGAAUUGAAGGAUGGAACUGAGACAAGCAGGGACUCCAUGGAGAUCAAUGAUGCUGACUUUAGGUGGCAGAGGCGCAUUCUUUCUUCAGAAAAUCCUGCCUGGGAAUCAGGAAAUGAGAAAAGUCCUGAUAUUAGCAUUAGUGUUACUACAGACACUGGUCAGACCACUUUGGAAGGAGAUAUGGGACAGACAACUCCAGAGGAUAAUCUGGAAAGCCAAAAAAACUCACUGCCAUCUCCAGCUGGACAUGAAAGCAAAGAGAUUCAUUAUAGAGAACCAGAGUCAGAAGCCAUCGACCAGCCAGACGUUGUUCAAAGAAGCCACACCAUAGUCUAUCCAGAUAUAACUAACUUCUUAUCAGUUGAUUGCAAGACCCGGUCUUAUGGAUCCAGGUACAGUGAAAGUAACUUCAGUGUAGAUGACCAGGAUCUUUCUAGAACUGAGUUUGAUUCGUGUGACCAGUAUUCCAUGGCAGCAGAGAAGGACUCUGGCCGAUCAGAUGUUUCGGACAUAGGCUCUGACAAUUGCUCCCUGGCUGAUGAGGAGCAGACACCACGGGAUUGUCCAGGUACCAGGUCCUUACGUACUGCUGCUCUCUCUCUGAAGUUGCUGAAAAACCAGGAAGCAGACCAGCACAGCGCACAGCUCUUCAUCCAAUCACUUGAAGCUCUUCUUCCUCGGCUCAUAGCUCUCCCCAGCAUAGAGGAGGUGGAUGCAGCACUGCAGAACUUCUCUUCAGCUUUUUGCUCAGGUAUGAUGCACUCACCAGGAUUUGAAGGAAACCCAAAUUUCAGCUUCCAAACUCUGAUGAAUGCAGACAGUCUCUACAUGGUCUCUCAUUAUACUCUGCUGCUAAACCUAAAAUUGGCCAACUCAGAUUACUACAGAAAGAAGCUUCCCCAAGCCCCUGUGUUGCUGAAAGAGUUCAUGAAGCAGGUACAGUCCAGCGGAGUGUUGAUGAUAUUUUCCCAAGCCUGGGUUGAAGAACUGUACCACCAAGUACUGGAAAGGAACAUGCUAGGGGAAGCUGGAUACUGGGGAAGCCCUGAAGAACACAGCCUUCCACUUAUCACCAUGCUGACUGACAUCGAUGGCUUGGGAAGCAGUACGGUUGGUGGCCAGUUGAUGGCAUCUGCUUCAACUCAAUCUCCUCUUUCCCAGAAUCAGAAGACAGAUGAUUCUGUUGUUGCAGGAGUUGCUUUUGCCCGAUACCUCUUAAUUGGCUGUUGGAAGAACUUGAUUGACACUUUGUCCACACCGCUGACUGGUCGCAUGGCAGGCAGCUCCAAGGGGCUGGCAUUUAUCUUGGGAGCAGAAGGAGCCAAAGAGCAGAACCAAAAGGAGAAGGACUCCAUAUGUGUGAGCCUGGAUGGACUGAGGAGGGCAGCCCGCCUGAGCUGUGCCCUAGGAGUUGCUGCCAACUGUGCAUCUGCUCUUGCCCAAAUGGCUGCUGCAUCCUGCGUCCAAGAAGAGAAAGAGGAAAAAGAAAUCCAAGAGCCCAGUGAUGCUAUAACUCAAGUGAAACAGAAAGUGGAGCAGAAACUGGAGCAGAUGGGGAAAAUGCAGGGUGUCUGCCUACACACUGCUCAUGUUUUGUGUAUGGAUGCAGUCCUAAAUGUGGGCCUGGAGAUGGGAAGCCACAAUCAAGACUGCUGGCCUCAUGUGUUCAGGGUGUGUGAGUACAUCAGCACUCUGGAGCACAACCACUUCAGUGACGGCACAUCCCAGCCCUGCCUUACCAUCACCCAGUCACAGCAGGCACCUGGAGGCCCACACUCAGACACUGAGCUGGGAGAGACUCCACAGGAACAAACCCCUGAGCAGGAGACCAGCCUCAGCAGUAAUCCUGUCAUUCAGCCAGUUUCCAUCCAGGAACUUGUCAAGGAGAGCAGUAAGGGCAGAGCUUUCGACUUCCGUGGAGGCAGCCUGCUGUGUGGGACCAGUGCUGCCAAGGCUGUUCUCACACUCUCCACACAAGCAGACAGGCUCUUUGAAGAUGCUGCUGAUAAGUUAAAUUUGAUGGCACUGGCAGGCUUCCUUUACCAGCUCAAGAAGGCUUCUCAGGCCCAACUUUUCCAUUCUGUCACAGAUACUGUUGAUUACUCCCUAGCAAUGCCAGGAGAAGUAAAAUCCACCCAGGACAGGAGAAGUGCACUUCACUUGUUCCGACUUGGUGAUGCCAUGCUCAGAAUUGUGAGGAGUAAAUCCCGCCCACUGCUCCACCUCAUGCGCUGCUGGAGCCUGGUGGCCCCUCACCUGGUGGAGGCUGCCUGUCACAAGGAGAGGCAUGUGUCUCGGAAGGCUGUCUCCUUCAUCCAUGACAUCCUUACCGAAGUGCUGACGGACUGGAAUGAGCCUUCUCAUUUUCAUUUUAAUGAGUCACUUUUCCGCCCCUUUGAGCGUAUCAUGCAGCUGGAGCUGUGUGAUGAGGAUGUGCAAGACCAGGUGGUCACCUCCAUAGGAGAGUUGGUGGAAAUGUGUUCUACCCAGAUCCAGUCAGGAUGGAGACCCCUGUUCAGUGCCCUGGAAACAGUUCACAGCGGCAAUAAGUCAGAGGUUAAAGAGUACCUUGUAGGAGAAUACUCUAUGGGGAAACGCCAGGCCCCAGUGUUUGAUGUCUUUGAAGCAUUUCUAAACACUGACAGCAUCCAGGUCUUUGCCAAUGCCGCCACCAGUUAUAUUAUGUGCCUUAUGAAGUUUGUGAAAGGACUGGGGGAAAUAGAUUGUAAGGAGAUGGGUGACUGUGUGCCAGGAUCAGGAUCAGCAUCUACAGACUUGUGCCUUCCCGCGCUUGAUUACCUCAGGAGAUGUUCUCAGUUGUUAGCCAAAAUCUACAAAAUGCCCUUGAAACCUAUUUUCCUCAGUGGCCGGCUGGUUAAUAUGCCCCGAAGAGUGCAGGAGCAGUCAGCCAGCAGUGAGGAUGGUAUUGAGUGCAUCCUUUCUGACUUUGAUGAUGACACUGGCCUUAUCAAUGUCUGGAUUAUUCUGCUGGAAGAAUUAACAACUGCCAUAUCCAACUGUCCCCGUCAGCACCAACCUCCAACUCUGGAUCUGCUCUUUGAGUUGCUGCGGGAUGUUGCCAAGACACCUGGCCCAGGAUUUGGCAUUUAUGCAGUUGUACAUCUUCUUCUUCCUACGAUGUCGCUUUGGCUCCAUCGCAGCCAUGGUGACCAUUCUUACUGGGAUGUGGCAUCUGCUAAUUUCAAGCAUGCCAUUGGCCUUUCUUGUGAACUCGUUGUGGAGCACAUUCAAAACUUCAUACACUCAGAUAUUGGUUAUGAAAAUAUGAUCAAUACUAUGCUAAAAGAUCUUUUCAAGUUGCUGGUCGCCUGUGUAGCAGAACCAACAGAAAUUAUUUCCAGAGUUGGCUGCUCUUGUAUCAGGUAUGUAUUAGUGACAGCAGGACCUGUUUUUACUGAAGAGAUGUGGAGGCUUGCAUGUUGUGCCUUGCAGGAUGCAUUCUCUGCCACUCUGGAGCCAGUAAAGAACCUAUUGGGCUAUUUCCACAGUGGUUCUGAAAGCUUUAGUGGAGACGCCUGUGAAGUGAAGGUGGCAGCCCCCUCCCUCUCGCCGAGUGCUGAGGCUGAAUAUUGGAGAAUCAGAGCCAUGGCACAACAGGUCUUCAUGCUGGAGACUCAGUGCUCCCCAAAGACCCCUAGCAACAAGGAGGGGUUUGAACAUGCCCAGUCGUGUGUGCUCGUCAUUGACCUGCCCCCAGAUAAGAAACCAAAUGGGCAUACCCAGAGAAGUAUUCCUUUUAGGACAAUAGUGGUGAGCUUGCUGUCACACCAAGUACUGCUCCAGAAUUUAUAUGACAUCUUACUGGAAGAAUUUGUUAAAGGCCCUUCUAACUUAGAGGAGAAAAUGACAAUACAAGUACCAGAAAACAAGUUGGCUGGUUUUCUCAGGUACAUCUCCAUGCAAAACUUGGCUGUCAUCUUUGACUUACUGCUGGACUCCUAUAGAACAGCCAGAGAGUUUGACACCAGGCCUGGGUUGAAGUGCUUGCUAAAAAAAGUGUCUGGCAUUAGUGGAGCUGCCAACCUGUAUCGCCAGUCAGCAAUGAGCUUCAACAUUUACUUCCAUGCUUUGAUCUGUGCUAUCCUGACAAACCAGGAGAACAUCACUGCAGAGCAAGUGAAGAAGAUCCUCUUCGAGGACGAUGAGAGAAGCACUGACUCAUCACAACAGUGCUCUUCAGAAGAUGAAGACAUUUUUGAAGAAACUGCCCAGGUCAGUCCUCCUCGGGGAAAAGAGAAGAGACAGUGGAGGGCUCGAAUACCAUCUCUGAGUGUACAGCCUGUCAGCAAUGCAGACUGGGGAUGGCUGAUCAAGCGGCUUCAUAAGCUCUGCAUGGAACUGUGCAACAACUACAUCCAGAUGCACCUAGACCUGGAGAAUAACGUAGAGGAGCCUCCAGUGUUCAAAGGUGACCCGUUCUUCAUUUUACCAUCCUUUCAUUCAGAAACCUCCACCCCAUCAACUGGAGGGCAGUCUGGGAAGGACACUCCAUCAGAAGAUGACCGGAGUCAAAUAAGGGACCAAGUGGGAGACAGCCUAACACCACGAAGUGGAGAAAUGCUGCUACUACCCCCACUCUCAAGUCCUAAACCAGAGAAAAAAGAACAAAACAGGAAAAAAGAAUGGUGGGAGAAUGCUGGUAACAAGAUCUACACCAUAGCCACUGACAAAACCAUCUCUAAGUUCAUGACAGAAUACAAAAAAAGAAAGCAGCAGCAGCAGACCAUGACAUCCUUCACCAAAGAGGUCAAAGUGGAAAAGAAAGGGGAGCUCCUGGGCUCCAGAGGGCAGGACUCACCCAUACUCCAGAGGCCACAACAUCUUAUAGACCAAGGUCAAAUGAGGCAUUCAUUCAGUGCUGGCCCAGAGAUUCUAAGACAAGAGAAGAGACCACGCUCAGGAUCCACAGUCAGCUCCCUGAAUAUAUCUGUUAGGGAUGCAGAGGCCCAGAUACAGGCAUGGACGAACAUGGUGCUGACAGUUCUCAACCAGAUUCAGGCCCUACCAGACCAAACUUUCACAGCCCUCCAGCCAGCAGUGUUCCCAUGCAUCAGCCAGCUGACUUGCCAUGUGACUGAUAUCCGUGUUCGUCAGGCGGUACGGGAAUGGCUGGGAAGAGUGGGCCGUGUGUACGAUAUCAUCAUUUAAACUAGCUGUGCUCUGUUGCAAAGGGGAGAAGACAGCCAGGAUAUAUAGCAAAGAGGUA